AGGCUAGAACGCCGAGCGAAUCGAUGGCGAUCGGGGCGGGUGGUCCUUUCGGCGAUCGAUUCACCUCGGCCCAGGCGAGCGGACUAAGUAAGCCGAGUCAGCUGUGAUUCUGGAAGCGGAGCGGGCGGCCGCGCCACCAUCUCGAGGCAGGGGGCUGCGGCGGGCACGCGCGAAGAGGACAGAAAAUGCCCAGACACAUGCAUCAAAACCAUGUUCCAUGGGAUUUGGCUGUCUGACACCAAUAAAGUCCAAAAGAAGCCAUUAUGAAAUUUGCCAGUGAGACUUCCCCAGUAGAAAAGGAGAAAUUAAACAGUCACCUGCUUAAUGAGCAAGUCUCUGCUGUUAUGUGGAGAUUAAGCAAUUCAGGAUAAGAAAAUCAGGCAGGAGGCUCUGGAGCGCCCUGAAGUGCAUCUGGCUACAACCUACGUUACAAAUGGUGUGGCUUUUUAUCAUGAACCGGAUGAACUCGCAGAACAGUUCUCCCAGUCAGCGUAGACGAAUGGCUCUUGGAAUUGUCAUUCUUCUCCUGGUUGAUGUGAUAUGGGUUGCUUCUUCUGAACUCUCUUCGUAUGUUUUUACCACAUACAAGAAACCGUUUUUCAGUACAUUUGCAAAAACAUCGAUGUUUGUUCUUUACCUUUUGGGAUUUCUUGUUUGGAAACCGUGGAGGCAACAAUGCACACGUGGGCUUCGUGGCAGGCAUGCAGCUUUUUUUGCAGAUGCUGAAGGUUAUUUUACUGCUUGUGCAACUGACAAUACUGUAAACAGUUCUUUGAGUGAACCUUUGUAUGUACCUGUCAAGUUUCAUGACUUGCCAAAUGAAAAAAGUAAUAGCACUAAUAAUGAUACUGAAAAACCUCCCAAAAAGCCUCGUGUAAGGUUCAGUAAUAUUAUGGAGAUUCGACAACUCCCAUCAAGCCAUGCAUUGGAAGCAAAGCUGUCUCGUAUGUCUUAUCCAACAGUUAAGGAACAAGAUUCAAUAUUAAAAGCUGUUGGGAAGCUUACUGCAUCUCAAGUUGCAAAAAUCAGCUUUUUCUUUUGCUUUGUGUGGUUCUUGGCAAACUUCUCUUAUCAAGAAGCACUCUCAGAAACCAGGGUAGCCAUAGUUAAUAUUCUUUCUUCAACCUCUGGACUUUUUACCUUAAUCCUGGCUGCAGUGUUUCCAAGUAACAGCGGAGAUAGGUUUACCCUUUCAAAAUUGUUAACUGUCGUUUUAAGCAUUGGUGGUGUGGUCCUUGUGAAUCUAUCAGGCUCUGAGAAAACUGAUGGAAUAGGGUCCUUGUGGUCUCUUGGAGGAGCUAUGCUUUAUGCAAUCUAUAUAGUUAUGAUAAAAAGGAAAGUAGACAGAGAAGACAAACUUGAUAUACCAAUGUUUUUUGGUUUUGUUGGUUUGUUUAAUUUGCUGCUGCUCUGGCCAGGUUUCUUCCUAUUCCAUUAUACUGGAUUUGAGAAAUUUGAAUUUCCCAAUAAAUUAGAACUCAGGUGCAUUGUCCUGAAUGGCCUUGUUGGAACUGUUCUGUCUGAAUUCCUCUGGCUGUGGGGCUGCUUUCUUACCUCCUCACUGAUAGGCACACUUGCCUUGAGCCUUACAAUACCUCUGUCCAUAAUAGCUGAUAUGUGCAUGAAUAAGGUCCAAUUUUCUUGGUUAUUUUUUGCAGGGGCAAUUCCUGUAUUUUUUUCAUUUUUCAUUGCAACACUCUUAUGUCACUACAACAACUGGGAUCCAGUAAUGGUAGGAAUUAGAAGAGUUUUUGCAUUCAUCUGCAGAAAGCAUCGCAUUCAGAGAAUACCAGAAGAAAGUGAGCAAUGUGAAAGUCUCAUCACAAUGCAUAGUGUUUCUCAAGAAGAUGGAGAAGUUGACUGUUCUUAGACAACAGUUGAAGAGAGAACUCAGCAAAGAGACAAUCACCUGGAAAGUCCCCAUGGAAUCAUGUUUCAGUGCCUCUUCUGAAUCUUUAAAUGUUUCAGUUCUUUUGAAACUUAAAUACAGUUCUUUCCUCCUAGUUCCCAAUCUUGAAUCAGUUUUAUUAAAGAGCUACUUUACUAUAAAAAAGUCCAGUUCUUUUAAGAAACCAGCCUGCCUUAUAGUACUUAGCUGGUGAAAUUACUUGACAUAAUCAAGGAAACGAGUGCUGAUCUAGUGAUUUUUUUUUUAAGCUUCCAUAUUUUUAAGUGCUGGACAAUGUUCUUACAAAUAGUUUUCAAAUUCUGUAAAAACAAAUUGUGAAUCAUAAUUUUGUACAAGGUUUAAAAUGAAAAACUAAGUUGCUGACAUCCAGAUUAACACUGCACUAGUGCAAACAUGUUGCACUGGCUAGUUCCAGGAGCUUACAUUCCAGGCUUGUGUUUGUGCAAUUUGUGGCACACCACCUGCUGUGAAACCUCUUCCUCAGUCCACAUGCUUUGCAAGAAAUUAUGUAAAGCUAUCCACUAUCCUAGUUGCACAAGUGAAGCACGUGCACAAGCAGACUGAGAGCACAAGAGAGUGAGGAAUUUGGGGCAUCCACUCAGCUACGCAUUUUCCUUGCCUGUGUGCAUUCUUGCUCAUUGCACUAAUGCAGCGUUGGUCUGGAUGUCAGCUAGUAAUACCAAUUACCUGUUAUAGGUACGAGUUACCAUUAUGUGAUGUAUAAGCUCUACUUGAAUAAUAACAAAAGAAAGAACAUAUUUUAAUAUAUUUAAUGACUUCAUUAUUGCAGAAGCUAUUAUGGCUCCCAGCACUACAUAUACCCUCUUAUCUAUGUGAGUUCUUGUAACAGUUUGGGUGCCUUAUGUUUAAAAUAUCCAUUGCGUCCAAUGAAUUCAAGAUUUUAAAGAACUGUUAACAGAAAAAAUAAAUAGUGCCAAAGUGUGUAUAUACGUUAGAUUGGGAAGGUAGUUACAGUUAAUGAACCUUUAAUUUAAAAUCAUUUGAUACAAAUACAAUUUUUAAAAUGUGCCAAAUCAAAUUAUUCUAUACAAACAAGCAUGUUCAUGGUUCAAGUGGCAAUAGUAGAGAGAUAAAAUGUCUAAGUUGUAUACUUGGACUGUGGACCAAACGACACACUACUCUUAUUAAUAUUUAUAUACCACUUUUUAACAAAAACCUUGUCAAAGCAGUUUAUGUAGCAUAAGAAAAUAAAAAAUGGUUCCCUGUCCCAAAAUGGCUUAGAAUCAUACAGGGGAUAACAGCAACCUCCACUGGAGAGUUGUUGUGCUGGAGUGAACAAGGAAAGUUGCUGACCCUCUACUAAAAAUAAAUAUAAGUGAUCCACCACUUUAAAAGGUACCCCUUGGCCCAGUUUUCAGGAAUUAGGGCAGGUCCGUGAUUCCUCCUCCUGCCUUCUAAUUGGUUUUGUUGUUGAAAAGCAGCUUCAGGAGCACUGAAAUUGGGUGUCUAAUACUAGUAGGGGGAGAGGGGCUCCUUCGCAUUUUCUUUUUCCAUUCAAAAUUGCCACCUGCAGAAAAAAGAUAUAGGGGAACCUUUGCUUUUUUUAAAGUCAAAUAGGAAUCUUAUUUGGAAUUGUCCAUCACAUGCAGUUUGGCCCUCUCAUGCAGAGCCAUACACAUGUCAUGAUUCAUGUUCAGUGGAGGUUUUGAUGCCUGUUCCCCCCACAAACAAAGGUCUCUGGAUGCAGGAGAGGCCAGUUUUGAAGUUAAGAGGAUUUUAACAGUAAGAUGUGCAAGAGAUGCUAUUUGAAAGGAAAAAGGGCCAAAGUCUACUGCUCAGCAACAAGUCCUUGCAUGCAUCUAAACUUGCUCUUCUGGAUCAUGUCACAGAUGUGAUAACUUUAAAAUGCACAGUUGAACAGCAUUUUAGGGGAGUCAGUGGUAGUAGGAAUGGUAUAUCUGUAUGGGGGGGAAAUACCCUGCUACUAUUUGUAUUUUUCAAACUAUUUGGCAUACCAUAUGUUAAAGUUCUGGUUGGCAGUGACUCCUAAUACAUAAGACAACUACAGAUCAAUUAGCUAGUGCAGUAGAGCACAAGGCAGGGGCUUAAAUGGUAGGGGAAGAGAUUGAAUGUAGGAUGCUGGCAAUAAAGCACUUCUGUCAAUCCCAGAAAAUCCUUUAAGAAUCAUGAUAUACUGGGAUUUAAUUUGCUGAUUUAACACUAAUGACUGAAGAACCCUGAAAACAAAGGCAAUGUGCCUUCAAAGUUUGGAAGCUAGGAACUGAAUAUAUCUAUAUAAGCCCCAGCAUUUAUUAUAUGAAAAUUGCAUGCUUCUAAGCCCAUCUAUUAUUCAAAUCCUCCACACUCAUACUCUAAAGUGGCAUUGUCAGCUUAUACAUUCCACUCUCCCACUAGAGAAUAUUGUUACUGAAGAAAUCGCUGUACUUGAGGCUGAUAAUACCCAUACAAUGAUGUUUCCAAACACAAUAAGAUAAUGGAAAUAAGAACAGAGCUUGACAAUUUGAGUGCAGAAAGUAACUUGACUGAUUUGUUUUGUAUACUUCAUUAAGUAAAUUAUUUUUUUCAUAAUCUUAAUAUAUAUUCCUAGUUGUAAAUGGCAAUCAUAGCACAUAACCUGCCAACUUUUGUACACAUGAAUAUUUUUAAAAAUAUGUGUCUAGCUGCUGGUCAUUGCAGCUUUCACAUCCACAGAUGCCUCAUGAAAAGAGUAGGUGUUUUUAUGCCAUUUGAUUUCUGACUUGGAUUGAUUUGUGAUUUCAACCUUGGCUAAUAUUCUGGCCAUUGGCAGGAACAGGAUUUUUCUGCCCUAUAAGAUGAUAAAUUGCUUUAGGAAAGUGAAUUUGCUUGAAAGCUUGAACCCCUCUGGAGGGGUUCUGUUAACAUGUUAGGCAGUAGAGAAAGUAAACAAUAGCAAUGAUUUGCACCAUUAAUGUUUUUCACUUUGAUUGAGAAAGAAAAAUGUCAGUCAUACUUGGUUAGUAAAAGUCCUCUAGUACAUUGUUUUCAUGGCUACUGGAGCAGUAACUUUGGUUUCAUCUGUAUUAAAUUGCUUCCUGAGGACCAUUCUGUUUUCAGAUAGGUAAGGUUGCAAUGUUUAUAAGAAGAAAAUAAAUGCUAAUCCUCAUCAGCCACCCAAGACACAAAAAAAUAUAGCAUUCAGCUAUGGCUAUUAGCAAAAAAAAAAAAACCCUGUCCUUAUGCUCACAUCGCAUCAAAAAUACUCUUUAAACACUGAUGGAAGAGGUGGUGGUGUUUUUUUAAAUGCAUAGCAAUAAUAACCCAAUAAAUUGACCUUUCUGAUAAAGAUUUAAAUUUUUUGUAUGUCCUAUAAUACUACUUAUUGACACACACUUUUCAAUAAAAAAUCUCCAGUACUGGGACCAUCUCAUUACACUAUAUUCAUUUCAAUAUGCUCAGAAAGGCCAGCCUACAAACAAAGCAAAACAAAAAUACCAGACUUUUCUUACUAUUUCACAGCUGGGAGUGGAGUGUAAAAUCUCUGAAAAUCUCUUUAGGUUUUUAAACAGUGAUUUCAGUGUGUUAAAAUGUACAUGUUACAGUAUUAGUUACUGAACAUACACAUUAUAUAUGACAUUGGACCUGCAUUUAAUAAAAUGUGGUUUUUUUCUACAUUUAAUUGUGGUUUUUUGGAACAAUUAAAACUCUUCAUGGCUGCACUGUUAUUUCUAGGAUAAAUGUUACUCUCAAUAUUUCUAUUUUUUUAAAGUCCCAUAUUGUAUAUCAAAUAUACUAAUUUAGAACAUGCAGGAAGAACUUUAUUAACUAUGCUUAUAAGGUAAAUGAUAAACCAACCUGUAUCCACGUUCUAGAACAGCAAGUAUUGGUCAAUUUUGUUUUAAUACAAGGAGUAACUCAAAUUAUGAUUUUCUCCCUCAUUUCAAUGCCUCAUUUUGUUUUUCAAAACUGAACUGAAUCUGAAUUUCAGUGUUGGAUGUGAAAAGUGCUGCUCCUUAUUGCUGUUGAAAGAUGACAUCUCAUGGGUUAUACUUGUUCCAGAGGCAGGACUAUACAAACUAAUUUAUAAAUCUUAUAGCAGGAUUUAGACAAGGGUCUAAAAGAGAAUAUGCUGAAACGACAAGCAGCAGCAUGCAGGACUGUUGGCCUCUAACACCCAUCAACAACGCCUCAUACAAUCUCACUUCAAAUGUUUCCCCAGAGGACCUACACUGCUUUCACUGCCUACUGUACAUCAUUUCCUGAAAUGAUAUCUCCACACAAUUCAGGAACUACAAGGCGCCCCCCGCCCCAUUUGAACCCAUCCACUCACUUCCAUUCCACCUUCUGUCCCUAUAAACUGGCAUUCCUAGUAGCUAUUGCCUCCACCAGAAGAGUGUCAGAGCUUCAGGCCCUAUCUGUAAACAAACACUUAUGCAUAAUCUCACCAGACUCUGACUGACAGUUCCCAGGAUGUUAUCCUGCCCUCUUUUUGCCCUAACAUCUGUCAGAGUGCAAGGCACAAGCUAGACAUCUGAUGAUGCUUAAAAACCUACAUCGAACCUACUGAGCCAUACCAGACCUCAGAUGCCUUGUUUGUGUCAUACCUCCCUUCCAUGGGCCAGGAGGUCUCAAAAACCACCGUUUCCUUGUGGAUCAAAGCCUGCAUAUCCCUGGCGCAUGACACAUUUAAAAAUACCAACACCUCUACGUAUCUUAGCUUAUUCAACCAGAGCAGCAGCCGCUGCCGCCUUCUCUACAAAUGUUCCCCUGUUAAAGAUUUGCAAAGCAGCAACAUGGUCAUCUCUGUCUACCUUCACAAGACAUUACAAGAUGGACAUCCAAUGCUCUGCCAAAGCUGCCUUCAAUAUACGAGUACUACAGCAGGUGAUUCUAGACAUUUCCCAACCAGGCUCAUCAGCUGUGACAUGUUCCACGAGAUGUCCCCUUUCAGCAGCAGGGAAAGGAGCAUUGAUUACUUUCCGUGAAGGCUUCUUCCUUCUGCUGGUUAUGAAGAUGUCUCAGCUCACCUGCUUGGGCUGUCCAUGUCUAGUGAGAGAACUGCCUGUUUUCUCUACAGUACUGUACUUCAAAGUUGUCCCCUAAAUUAGUAUUUUUUGUUCUCUGUUAUCUCUACUUGGCUACUCAGGACUGGGUAGGAUUAAAGCUUUCUAAACUAAUUUGUGUAGUCCUGCAAAUGGAGCAACAGGGAAGUAUAACCCACGAGAUAUUGUCCUAUCCCACAGCAGGAAGAAGCCUUCACAGUAAGUAACCAAGGCUCCUUUCUCUGUAUACUUUCAAGACUGAGAGUAAUACCACAUGACCUUGUGUCCCACUUCUGAGUUUUUCGCCAUCAUUUUUUAUAAUGGCAAUAGUGCAAAGCGGUGAAGUAAUGUCAUAUAAUUUCAUUAAGAAAGAGGGAAUGUGGGCUAAUGUAUUUUCUGUAUGCCACCUUUUAGAUUAAAGUCCAUUUCAGGUAUUGGUCUUUCACAGACUAAAAUGGAUCAGACCAAAACAGAAAAGUAGGCUAUGCCCAACUGAGGGGCAUUUACUAUAAGUGGCCUUGCUAGCACUUGAACAAGUGCUGCUUGUGCUCCUGAAGCUCCUUCUGCUUCAGGAGCCUUUGUUUACCUGAAUUUAUCCCAGUAUAAGCAGCUUGCUUGGGACUUGGUUGCUCUUUUCUUUCCCGGCUAGAUCAAUGAUAAUGAACUCCCACCCCUGGUUGUUUUCUCAUUUCCCAUGAUUCCUAUAAAUAAAUUCCACCUCCUCUGC